AUGCCUGUGCCGCCACCACCACCGCCGCCGCCUCCUCCACCUCCUCCACCACCACCUUCUGGAGGGCCCCCUCCACCACCAUCUCUGGCAAGUUCAGAGGUACCCAAACUGCGAAAGGAAGACCAGAAGGCACGGAAUGCGCUCUUAGCUGAUAUCCAGCAGGGGACUCGCUUGAGAAAAGUGACUCAAAUCAAUGACCGUAGUGCACCACAGAUUGAAAAACCCAAAGGAGCUAACAGAGAUGGAGUUAACCCAGCCAUUAAUAAAGGUGGCUCUCAACCCCCUCUUGGAGGUUUAUUUGCUGGUGGCUUUCCUGUUCUCAGACCAGCAGGCCAGAGAGAGAUGCCAGCCGGGAAGCCAGGACAGCUACCUGGAGCUCGGGCAGCGGCUCCCAAGCCGUCCGCGCCACCCAACGGCAGCGCUGCGCGGGCGAGCGGCGGCGCCCCGCUCCCAGCAGAAGGACCAAGGGCGGCUGUCCCACCGGAGCCUCCCAGCACUUCCCGAGCCGCAGCCGGCCCUGGACGUCCCAGCCUGCCCGCCCCGCCUCCACCGCCUCCCGCUUCCAGCAAACCUUCCCUCACUUUCCCUCCUCCUCCCACGCUGCCUCCCCCAGCCGAGCGCCCGCCCAAGGGGGUGUCCCCCGGCGCUGCCCCUCCGCCCCCGCUGCCUCCUCCUCAGGCCGACAAACCCAACAAGUGUCAGGCAGCCACUGCACAGCCGCCCCCACCUCCCCCACCGCCCCCUCCUCCUCCUCUGCCCCUCGUCCCCCCCUGUGGGUUCCCAGGCAGGACAACCGACUUGCCUGCGGCUGCUGCUUCCUCUCCAUCGGAGGGAAGGGACUGUCCGCCCCCCGCACCGCCCCCGCCGCCUCCGCCACACUCACACUCCCUGGCCCCAAACAGGCUCUCCUUUCCCCCCUCUCCAGCCUUCAGCGGCGCUGUCGGCAAUGCUGACGUGCCCCCUCCGCUGCCCCCCAAGUCUCCCCACCUGCUGUCACAGUUCCAUAAGCCAAGCAGCAUCCAGUCGCUGCCGCUCCCGCCUACCCCCAGCCUUCCGCAGCCCGCAGCGGCGGCGGACACCAGAAAGAGGAGACCUGGGCGAGGCGCAGGAACCGGGGCUGGUAAGCUGGUGACACCUCCACAACCACCAGCAAGAUCCCCAACAACUGAGCUGACAAGCAAGUCUGGAGCUUCAGCCUGGCCUACACCUCAAGACCCUUAUCCACCACUUAAAAAUGGAAACAUGCACAUUGUUGAUGACUUUGAAUCUAAAUUUACUUUCCAUUCUGUGGAAGACUUUCCCCCACCUGAUGAAUUCAAGCCGUCUCAGAAAAUAUAUCCCAGCAAGAUAGCUAGAGAUCCCUCUAAAAAUCCUCCAUUAAGAACACACGUGAGAUGA